AUGAAUAAUGAAUUGCUUCUCGACCAGGAUAUUGGUAAACAAAUCCAAACCAUCAAAACGUCUGUUUUAACUGUUGAACAACAUAGCUUAGCUGAGGAUGUCACACCAUUUGGUAAAUCAGCCGCAGAAUUCUGUGUCUCAAAAGCUCCUCGAUUAUUAGUCACUAAAUCAUCUUCGCUGUCUGGAAUUCCAUUCAACAGUAACGAAAUCCCAUAUCGUGAAGGUGCACCGAUCCAGUUACUUAGAUAUGUGAAAAACUGGGAAGGAAACAACUCGCAGCCAGGAAGCAUUCAAAUAAUGGAAGAUGCAUUGACCAUUAUUAAAGAAAUCGAGGAACCGGUUGCAGUCAUUGCCGUCGUCGGUUCAUUUCGUCGAGGUAAAUCAUUUCUAGCAAAUUUGCUUCUCGGCAGAAUUGACGGCUUUGAACUUGGAGCAACAGUUCAUGGGUGUACCCGUGGGAUCUACAUGUGGGAUACGCCGUUUCUUCUUAACGGUCAGAGAGUUAUCAUACUCGACUGUGAAGGUAUAAACGAUCCCGAACAGGACCAAACAUGGGCUACAAUGCUUUUUGUACUUUGUCUUGCCAUUUCCUCUGUGCUUGUCUACAACGUCAAUGGAGUAGUCGAGAAAAAGGAUGUGGAAAAGUUGUUUUUAAUGACCGAUCUGACAAAGCGUAUACAUCCACCGGAUGAUUGCAACUUUUAUCCGCAUUUGGCGGUCUUGCUGAGAGAUUUUCAUUUUAAACAGCCAGAUAGUUUCAAGCAGUAUUUCUUAAGUCAGCUGGAUAAGGUUAAUCGACAAGCAUCAAACUCGGUCCAGCAAUUCUUCAGAGACUUUGAUGUGUAUCCUAUAGCACAUCCCGGCGUUUUAUCAGACGAUCUCAGAUUACUUGACACUCUCCAUCCAUCUCGUUUCUCUCAAGAAUUCAGAAGGACGUCUACCGAAGCUGUGACAUCCAUAUUGUCCAAGCUUGCGCCGAGAUAUAUCGGCCCGGCCUACAUGAACGGCAUUAUGUUUGCUCAAUUUCUCGAAAGCAGUGUCAAACAGCUGAACGAUCCUACGAACAAUUGCAUGAUCGCAGUCCCUUCUGAAUACGAAGCUGUAAUUCGCUUUAUAGCAGACAAAUCCAUUCACCGUGCUAGAAGACUGUAUGAAGUUAUGAUGAAACGGAAACUACCUCCAUUGCCAAUAUCAUGGGAAAAGUUUGCCGAUAUACAUGCCGAAGCUUUUGAAGAAGCUUUGGGAUCGCUCAUGGCAAUGUUGGUUGGGUCUGCACGAAAGAUAAACGAGUUUGAGAUCGAAUUCUGCAAGGGAGUUAAGAAAAUCGAGAGCAAUUAUCGAAAGAAGAAUGAAAAAGCUUUAUGCGAGUUUCAUGAGAAUUUGGCAAAGAGGUUUUGGAACUCGUUUGUAAAUGUCGGACUACAAGAGGGCAACUUUUUUCGGACCCAAGCAGACUUUGACCAAGCAAUUGAAAUCUUUGAAUACGAAUAUGUCAUGGCGAUGAUCAAAUCACCCGAGGCCACUCUCGUUAUAAAAAGUUAUCGUAACCAUUACUACCCUUCAGCCAUCAAUCGCCUCUCUAGUAACUGGUCGUCGAGAACGGCAUUUACCUUUAAUUCUUCUAAACCGGAAGCCGAACUUGAAAUUCUGGAUAAAAUUGUCGAAGAGCGACGUUUUUACGAUGAAUUAAAGUCAACCGAGCGCGAAGUCGAGAUAAAAAACCAAAAGUUUGAGGAAAAAGUUCAAAAGAUGGGGGAGAUUUUGAAAGAACAAAAAUUGAGCGAACAAGAGUUGAAACGUCUUAUAGCAGAGUACGAGCAAGUGCUGGCAAGCGUAAAGGCAGAAAAUGCGACAAAGUUGAGUAAGAUGAAGGACCUUUGGAACUCGAAAAAGAAGUAUGUUAAAUACGCACUGACGGGAUUAAGGGUUGUCGGCGCCAUUGCGGCUUUUGUAGCAUUUGUGUUAUGA